AUGGCCCAUCCCAAUGAUGUAACGGAUACUCAGGAUCAAGAUGAGACCAGUGCCACUCUCACCAAUGGCCACCCCCACGAUCACGAACACCUCCAUCAUGACGACCCGGGCGCUGGAGCUCUGUUCCAGGUGUCCGUCAAGCUGCCGCACCAGCCCUACAAGCAGUCAAUCAUUGUCGCAAGUCAAGAGCAGGUCCAAGACGUCCGCCAGUCCAUAAUCGAGACUCCCGACACCUUCCAGUACACGUGCUUCCAUCUCGAGCACCACGGCCAACGGAUCAAUGAUUUUGUCGAGCUCUCCGAAGUUAAAAAUCUCACGCCGGGCGACGAAAUCGUCCUUGUCGAGGACCCCUAUACAGAAAAGGAAGCCAGAUUACAUGUGAUUCGAAUACGGGAGCUCAUUGGGGCCACGGGAGAUCGACCCGAUCCGUUGCACGGCAUCUGCGCUGGUUUGUCCCUUCACGAUGACCAAUUUGGCUCUGCUCAAGCUCCCGCCAGCAAGCCCGAAGACAAUCCCCUGGCAGGCUAUGAGGUCGAUGGCCGCCCGCCCUUGGACGCGAUUUUGCCUCCACAGUCCGACACGUUGCCCAAGACCAUCAAGGGUCUCUCUGUGUCCCCGUGGAAUCCUCCACCAUACCACUUGCGCCAGCGAGGCCAUUUGCUGUACCUCCAGCUCACCACCAACGAAGGAGAGCAGCAUCAAAUCACCGCCACGGUGUCGGGCUUCUACGUCAACAAAUCCUCCAGCAACAAAUUCGAUCCAUUUCCCAGACCAGCUCCCAAGAAUCAUAGCGCCCAUUCCUUGCUGUCUCUCAUCUCGGCGUUGUCGCCGUCUUUCAAUGAGACCUUCGUCGAACUUCAAAAGAUCAAUGGCCGAAAAGAUCUCCUCACCACAUUCCCCUUCCAAAAUGCCAUCCCCGCCAACCCCUGGCUGGUGCCCUCGUCCUACGCACACGGAAGUCAGCACCAAGCCGAUCCGACAAGGGCACAGGAGCCAUACUUGAUGGGGGGAGCGGACGGCGCGGAGAAUCUUCGGGAUUGGAACGAGGAGUUUCAGACCACACGGGAGCUACCCCGAGAGACUCUGCAGGACCGAGUUUUUCGCGAGCGCCUUACGUCGAAGCUCUUCGCUGAUUACAAUGAUGCCGCGGCUCGGGGGGCGGUCCUUGUGGCAAGAGGUGAGGUGGCUCCAUUGAAUCCGACCGAGGGUCAGGACGCUCAAAUCUUCAUCUAUAACAAUAUCUUCUACUCGUUUGGCGCCGACGGUGUCCAGACAUUUGCCAGCGAAGGCGGUGACGAAGCCGCCAGAGUAGCGGUGGGAAAAGACGUCGCGGGUGUCCGGGCCGUCAAUCAAUUGGAUGUUAAUGGAUUAUUUACUCCGGGCACGGUUGUGGUGGACUAUCUGGGCAAGCGUAUUGUUGGCCAGAGUAUCGUCCCUGGCAUCUUUAAGCAACGAGAACCCGGUGAACACCAGAUCGACUACGGUGGCGUCGAGGGCCGAGACAUUGUGACGGAGAACAAGGCCUUUGCCCCCGUUUUUGAGAAGCUGUCGAAAUCUUUGCGCGUCAAAAAACACGCCGUGUGGGACAAGGAAGGCAAACGACACGAUUUGGAGGGGAGCGUGGAGACCAAAGGGCUGUUGGGUACUGAUGGCCGGAAGUAUGUUCUGGACCUCUACCGUAUUACCCCUCUGGAUGUGGCGUGGUCGGAGGAGGUCGAAUCUGACGCAGGCGACGACAAAUAUCCGCACCGGAUGUCGGUCUUGAGACUGGAACUCGUCGAGACGUACUGGCGCCUGAAAAUGCAAGAGUAUGUCCGUGCAGAGGUCGAGAAGCGUCGCUCGAAACAGUCCCAUGGCCACGCCGAAUCAUCAGCACCGGGUGAGGAGAUCCAGACCAAUGGCGAGGGUAUCGAACAUGAAAAAACGGAGGACCAGCCAAGUGAGGGUCCGAACGAUCCCCAGAAAGAGGCUCCGGCGUUGGACCAGGAACGGGUCGAUAUCUCGAACUUCAACUUCGCCCUCAACCCGGACGUGUUUAGUGGACAGAUCCCCCAGACGGAUGAAGAGAAGGAAGAAUUCGCGGCCGACGAAAAGGAAGUCCGCGCCGUGUGUACGUUUUUGCGUCACAAGGUCAUCCCAGAUCUGAUCACGGAACUUCACGAUGGCGAUGUGGGUUUCCCCAUGGACGGACGGUCCCUCUGCCAGCUGAUUCAUAAACGAGGCAUCAACAUCAGGUACCUCGGACGGCUCGCGAGAGCCGCGGAAGAGAAAGGACGUCGUCUCCAAGCGUUCUCCACGGUGGUAUUACAAGAGAUGGUAUCGCGGGCUUUCAAACACAUUGUCAAUGGCUACUUGCGCCAUCUGCCCGCCUUGUUCGCCGGAUCUUGCAUCUCACAUCUUUUGAAUUGCCUCCUUGGUGUGGAGGUGAAUUCAAACCCGCGUCCGGAGAUCGACGAGGACCUGAGAUCUCUGUAUCCCGACGGGGACUUCGCAUUUGAGCAGGUGAACCCGACCGAACUCCAGGCGGCCAUCGAGAAACAGGUUCGAAUUCGGUAUCGAUAUGAGCUGAAGGACAAUUGGCAGGCCUUGGUCCAUCCAUUGCCACUUCUGCGAGAAACUUGCCUGAAGCUUGGUGUCCAACUGGCUGCUCGUGAAUAUAUCUUCAGCAAGGGGGUCCCGUUGUCUCAUGACGCUUCUCCGGCUCGGAGUGGGAGCGACACUCACUCCAAUAAUGGUGCGCCGCAAGAAGAUGGGAGUAAGAAGAAGAAAAAGAAGGGCGGCGAACAGUCGCCAGGCAAUAAUACGGCCGUUGCGAAAUCUAACACGACCUUCACUCCCGAAGACAUUCUCAACAUUGCGCCGAUCGUCAAAGACGCUGCUCCGAGGAGCGCGCUGGCCGAGGAAGCUUUGGAGGCGGGCAAGAUCUCGCUCGCCCAAGACCAGAAGCAGCUCGGGCAGGAGUUGGUCCUCGAGUCGUUGUCGCUGCACGAGCAGAUUUAUGGGAUCCUCCACCCCGAAGUGGCGAAAAUGUAUCAUUCUCUAUCCACCAUCUACUAUCAAACCGAUGAGAAAGAAGCCGCGGUGGAACUCGCGCGCAAAGCCGUCAUCGUGACAGAGCGAACGUUGGGAGUGGACUCCCAUGAUACAAUUUUGGCGUACCUCAAUCUCUCGCUCUUCGAACACCACGUUGGCAACACGACGCAGGCAUUGAAAUAUGUGCGGCACGCCCUGGACCUGUGGAAAAUUAUUUUUGGACCGAAUCAUCCCGAUUCCAUUACAACCAUGAACAAUGCCGCAGUUAUGCUCCAGUCUCUCAAAGAAUAUUCCGAGUCGCGCAAAUGGUUCGAAGCGUGCUUUACGGUUUGCGAAGGUCUUUUUGGACGUCAGUCUAUCAAUGCCGCCACCAUUUUGUUCCAAUUGGCGCAGGCCUUGGCUCUCGAUGGAGACCCAAAGGGUGCCGUGAACAAAAUGCGUGAUGCAUACAAUAUCUUCCUGACAGAGCUGGGGCCGAACGACCGAAACACGAAAGAGGCGGAGAGCUGGCUGGAACAGUUGACUCAAAACGCCGUGUCGAUUGCCAAACAAGCCAAAGUACUACAAAACAGACGCUUCGGUAGCAUCCGACAAUUUCCCCGGAUGGGUUUGGGUGUCAGACUUCAACCACAAAACGCCGGCGCGGCGGCGCCAAAUGCAAGUGUCCGCACGACCGGUGCAGACGCCAAUGUACGAACUGGUACCGGCAAUGUUGCCAUAGACUCACGGAGUAUUGACGAACUGUUGAAAUUUAUUGAAGGUGUUGAUCCACGAAGCCAUCAACGCACAAAACAAAAGAAGAAAUCUCUUAAUCCCAAAGCGAGAGGCACAAGAAAGACCGGGACCGCCUAG